AUGGGUGAGAACGCCGCAACAGGUCUCCUUAGACUCCUCUGGCACGGGGAGGCCUCGCGCGAGCGCCCCGCUGCCCACCCACCUGAUUGGGACUGUGGAGGAGGGCGGGAUGGAGUGGAGGGUCUCAUCUCAGAGCUGAAGUUGGCUGUGCCCUGGGGCCACAUCGCAGCCACCUGGGCUCCUGCAGGGCCUCCAGUUCUCUGCCUGCACGGCUGGCUGGACAAUGCCAACUCCUUCGACAGACUCAUCCCUCUUCUCCCGCAAGACUUUUAUUAUGUUGCCAUGGAUUUCGGAGGUCAUGGGCUCUCGUCCCAUUACAGCUCAGGUGUCCCAUAUUACCACCAGACUUUUGUGAGUGAGAUCCGAAGAGUUGUGGCAGCCUUGAAAUGGAAUCGAUUCUCCAUUCUGGGCCACAGCUUCGGUGGCAUUGUGGGCGGAAUGUUUUCCUGUAUCUUCCCCGAGAUGGUGAAUAAACUUAUCUUGCUGGACUCGCCGCUACUUCUCCUGGAAUCGAAUGAAGUGGAGAACUUGCUGACCUACAAGCGGAGAACCAUAGAGCACAUGCUGCAGGUAGAGGCCUCCCAGGAGCCCUCACGUGUGUACAGCCUGAAGCAGCUGCUGCAGAGGUUACUGAAGAGCAAUAGCCACUUGAAUGAGGAGUGCGGGGAGCUCCUCUUGCAAAGAGGAACCACAAAGGUGGCCACGGGUCUGGUUCUGAACAGAGACCAGAGGCUAUCCUGGCCUGAGAACAGCUUUGACUUCCUCAGCAGGGAGCUGUAUGCGCUCAUCAGGAAGCUGCAGGCCCAUGUCCUGUUCAUCAAAGCAGUCCACGGAUAUUUUGAUGUGAGAAGAGAGAAUUACUCUGACAAGGAGUCCCUGUCGUUCAUGAUACACACGCUGAAGUCCACCCUCAAAGAGCGGUUCCAGUUUGUGGAAGUCCCAGGCAAUCACUGUGUCCACAUGAGUGAACCCCAGCAUGUGGCCAGUAUCAUCAGCUCCUUCUUACAGCACAAACACAUGCUCACAGCCUAGCUGUAGCUCUGGGCCUGGAACUAUGACGACCGCAACAAGGCCAGGCCUGUGGGGACAUGCCUCACUGGUCUUGACGCCCAGCCUAGGGUGUAGUCAGGGGAAGGAGUGAGACUCCAACUUCAACAUCUGUGACCUCAAGGGGGAGACAGAGUCUGGGUUCGGGGGGCUGCUGCCUCCUGGCUAAUAAUCUCCAGCCAGCUGCAGGGAGGAAGGGCAGGCUGGGGCCACCUAGCCUUUCCCUGCUGCCCAACUGGGUGGAAAAUAAAAGCUUCUCGCGUUCUCACUGC